UUCACAUUAUGCUACUCCCAUGUCUUUGCCUGCUGAUUUGACCAUCACAAGGGUUCUGGUUUCUACAAGAACACAACAUAUCAGUGCUAUGUCAACAAGCAUAUUUAAUCAUCAGAAGAAUGAGAAGACACCCACUUCAAAAGCCACGGUGCAAGUGCAAGCGAUCAAUGGGAAUGUAUAUGUAAACAAAAUGAAUGGUGAUCACACUCACAAGAGCAAGAAAACUGACAUUAUUAUCACAGUGCUGUCUACUGUGUGCGUGUGUCUUUUGAUUUGUGUAUAUUUGCUAUACCACAGACUAAAGAACUCCAGGACUCGUCAAUCGAAUAACCCCACAGUUACAUUUUUGGUGUUAAAUCGAGGUGCUAUUGAAGAAGACAAACAAAGAAAUAAUGAAGAGAGUAAUUCAUGUGAGACCUCUAGUAACAGAGGUAGUGUACCUGAUUUAUCAUCUUCAUUGAGUGGCACAGAAGACAUGUCUGAUCGAACUGCAGACUCAGCCCAACAGGAUGGUAGAGUCAUAGCAAAUUAUCAUCGUGAACACACAGCAGUAAUAGAAGCUCAAAAAGGGAUUCCAUCAUCCCUUGAAGGAUUGGAAAAGCGAUCUGACACAGAGGUCACUGUCACAGACCAGUGCACUUCAACAACAGAGCUUCACCAAUCCAGUACAACCAGCAUUUCUGACAUUCCACAAUAUUUCUUGAACUGGCACUUGAGCAAAAGAACGUCUGCCAUCCUGAUCAAAUUUAGGCAUAAGAUUUGUAUGAAGCUUGACACACUUCGUGAAUUGCUUUGCGAUGAUUACCGCUCACUUGCUGAAAAGAUUGGCCUGGACAGAGAUGAUAUAUUGUGGCUUGGACAGCAAAAUAACAAGACUGAGUUCAUUCUACAGAAAUUUGAUGCUCAAGAGGAUCCAUCCAUUAGACGUUUUAAAGAAAUCCUUGAAGAAAUGGGAAGGAAUGAUGUGGUAACAGUAAUUGAUGACUGGGUUCUGUAUGAAUGGAGCAAACAAAAUGACAAUUCACCAUCAAUUUUGUAAGCAAUGUUGCUAUUGUAAGUUAUGUUACUAGCAAUAUUGUAGGUGAUAUUAGUUUUGUAAAUGAUGUUAUUAUUGUAAGUGAUGUUAGGUAGUGUUGUAAAUAUAUGUUUGUUUCAAUUAAAAAACUCCCUUUUCAAAAAAAAAAGCAACAAAAAAACAAUUAAUUGUCAGCUACCGGAAAUUGUGGAAGGCUGGGCCUAAAUAUAAUAAGUUACAGUCAUUAGUUUAACCUUUCACUCUCUUAAAAAGUUUGCAACUGGUGCAAAACUGAACAAAGCCCCAGAUUAUAAUUAAUAAUUACUACAACACAGUACAGUGCUGCCAUACAUUGUACUCUUACUGAAUGCCUACUUUGUGAAUUAACUUACUAAUUGAAUAUAUCUUACAGAGUUAAUUAAAGAACCUAUUUUCAGAUUUAAGGCUGAAUGGGUUCUUCUAUUAUCGGGGUCUAAGUUCUUAAUUUAUUCCUAAGAUACUUAAUCCAUCAGGCUUUUAUACUUGUGUUCGCUCUAUAUAUGUAAAUGUAUGAUUAUUAUUUCAUUGACAAGUUGUUUGGUGUUCCUCACAUUAGAACAGUCAGGGACUACACUCUUUAAGCAUGCUUCUCUCAUCAACAAGCUGCCAGAUGGUAUUGUGUCAUUUUGAUUAAUUUUAUUUGAAAUAUAUUUGAACAAUUGUGAUGUCAGGUUUCUUUUGGUUUAAAGUUAUAAGUAAAUUACCUUGUUUGCAAGGUUUGAUUACUACUAAACUAUUUUUUGUUUGGUUUCAUUGUUCUAUGAAUAAGUUUGGUCUUCUGACAAAAAUGUCAAUUCCAGUUAAGCAGCAAAACAGUUAACUAGUGUAAAAGUAUUACACUGUAACUUAUUGUAGAUAUAUGUAAUAUACAUGUGCAGGAUAUUAUUUUCCAGGUAACUGCAUGUCAAAGUACAAAAAGUGUGUAUAAUUUAGCUUAAUUUUUGAAAAAACAACAACAAGAACAACAAAAAAACAGGACAAAAAAGUUGAAUGUAUUUUUUUAUAUAUUCACUUACUCUCUUUACAUUUUUUGCCUUUUAAAUAGUAUAAAGUCUUGAUACAAAUUUACAAAACCCCUGUCAAGUUAUGAAAUAUUCAGCUGAAGUAAUUUCACUUCUAUUUUUAUAAUUUGAGUAAAUAUUCACGUGUUUUUACACAAUGUAAAUUUUGAUGAUGAUGAUGAUUAUUAUUAUUGCUUAAAGUUUAGGAUUUUGAAUCAAAACUAGUUUGUUGCAGGUUUUUAUAAGUGCAAAGCAAAGAACUUACACUGACAACUAUGGGUUACAUUUUCUUUCUGUUUUACUGAUUUAACAGGCCAUAUGUAUCUUCCAGUGUGCAAUGUGGCAAUGAGUAGCCAUUUGCAAGAAGUGCCACCUCUGAAAAUUUUGCAUUUGAAUAUUGCAAACAUAUAUGUUAUAGGAAAUAUAAUAUAAUUCUGUAUGAAACAUCACACUGCAAUUUACUGUGACAUAACUAGUGCAGUCAUGGUCUCGCAAAUUCUCCCAGCAGAUUAAUCAAUAAAUUAUUCUGCUGAUCGGUAAUAUAAUCAGUGAUCAACGUAUGAGUAAUAAGUGAACACGUAUUAAAGUUUGUACUAUAUCUGGGCCAUUAGAGCUGUUGUCAAUGGGUUUUAUUGCCUUGUUUUCAGUAAAUAGGUAAGAUACAUUUCUGCAUGGUAUGGAAUAAGAUCAGUCCUUUUGACUAUAAGGUCUGGCUAUAUUUUGUGUAGAUGCAGUUUCUCUCAUGUAAAUUAUACAGGUUCAUGAAAACUUUGCUUAGUCAUGAGAUAUUUAACUUUCUAUGUAUUUUAAAGUAGAUUUGAAAAUAUGUAUUUUAAAAUAGAGUUGUUGACUAUUUUUGUCAAAAAUGCUUACUACUUAAUUAAUAAACAGGUGUACGGAGCAAAUGAAAA